CAGUGGGUGUAUGGGAAAUCGCUUUGGAGGCCCCCGACUGUCAUCAUGACAACCCAUGAGAUGACUCAUGACAAAGUUGCCACUAGUUCUUAAUUAUGGUCUCUGUACAGUCGUGAGUAAUUACUAAUAUAAGAUCCGAGCUCCCCCGCGCCGCCGCCAGUGGACGAAGUUGGCGCCGCGCGGGGGCUUUCGGGAAAUGUAGUCUUCGGAUGGAGGCCCGGAGGCGCCGGGCGCUGGGUCUCCCGCAGUUUCGCCCCAAGGCCCCUCGGAGCGCUGAGCCCCCGGAGGCUGUGGAAACAUGGAGCAGCAGCAGGAGAGCAGUGCUGAGCAGUCGCUGCGCCCCUACUUUGUGUUCAGGGCACACAGACCGGAGCUGGGAAUAUGCUGGGACCCAUCAGAGCCCCUUCGGGGGUCCCCAGAGGCGGCCCAGACAAGAGGCCCCGGGGGAGCCGGCCCAGGAGAGGACGGAGAUGGUGAAGCGGAGGAUGACUCGGAUGACCAGAGGCGGUACCGAGCCUGGGUGGCAGGAAGGUUCUGUUCCUUGAGGGCCGGAGAGCCGUGGCCCGGAGCGCCCGAGAACUUCCUGUACGGGCCCGUGACGCUGCAGUUCCACCACAACUGCGCCAAGCUCAGGGUGGUCGUGGGAGGGGAAGGGCCAGAGCGGCCGCCCGGGGAGGGGCCAGAGCGGCCGCCCAGUGAAGGGCCUCCGGCCGCCGGGGCCCCCGAGCGGGCCGGCCACCUGGCGGCGCUGUUCCAGCCCGACGAGAGGACCCAGAGGCGGCCCAACACGGUGAUCCUGCAGGGGGCCGUGGGCAUCGGCAAGACCGUGCUGGCUCGGAAACUGGUGCUGGACUGGGCCCGGGGGCGCCCCCGGCGGGACGCCUUCCGCUACGUCUUCUACUUGGACGCCGGGGAUCUGGACGCGGCGGCCGACAGGAGCCUGGCCGAGCUGAUGGCCGCCCAGUGGCCCGAUCCGCCGGCGCCCGUCUCCGAGAUCCUGUCACGGCCCCGGAGGCUCCUGUUCGUCGUGGACGGUCUGGAGGAUCUGAAGCCCUUCCUGGACGGGCCCGAGGCCGAGCUGUGCCGGGACUGGGGGGCGCCCCGGCCCGCGGGCCGCCUGCUGCAGGCUCUGCUCCGAAAGGCCCUGGUGCCCGAGGCCCGGCUGCUCGUGGUGGUGCGGCCCUCGGGCUGGGCCCGCCUGGCGCCCUGGCUGGGCUGCCCCCGGCUCGUGGAGGUCCUGGGGCUGUGUGCGGCCGACCGCGACGACUACUUCCACAGGUUCUUCGGGGCCCCGGCCGGCGCGCGGGCCGCCCUGGCCGUCGUGCGGGACAACGAGACGCUGAGCGCCCUGUGCCGCGCGCCGCUGGUGUGCUGGCUCGUCUGCGCGUGCCUGAAGCGGAGGCUGGACGGCGGCGACGACCUGCGGCGCGGCCCCCUCACCGCCAGCAGCCUGCUGGCGUCCUACGUGGCCGGCCUGUUCCGCGGCCGGCCCGCGCCUCGCGAGCUGCCGCUGUGGGGCCUGUGCCGCCUGGCCGCCGAGGGCGUGCUGGCCCGCGCCACCCGCUUCGGCCGCGGCGACCUGGAGCGCCUGGGGCUGGCCGAGGCCGACCUGGAGCCCUUCGUGGCCUCGCGCCUGCUCCUCCCGCGGCCCGGCGGCGCCUUCGCCUUCCUCCACUUGACGCUGCAGGAGUUCCUGGCCGCCCUGUACAGCGCCAUGGAGGUGACCCGCUGGCCCGGCCUGGCGCCCUCUUCGCAGGACCUCGCCACGGAGCUGGAGAAGGUCUCGGGGGAGGACGCGAGCUUCGUGGGCACGGCCGUGCACUUCCUGUUCGGCCUCCUGAACCCCGAGUGCGCCGGGCCCGUGGAGGAGGGGCUGGGCUGCCGCCUGGCCCCCCAGCUGCGGCGGGACCUGCUGCUCUGGGCCGCCGUGGUCAGCGCCGCCCCCCCGCACAGCCACUCGCUGCACCAGUUCUUUCUGAGCCUCUACGAGGCCCAGGACGCCGCCUUCCUGACCCAGGUCAUGGACCACUUCCGGGACCUGCGGCUCGUCCUGCGCGGCAAGGCCGACCUGCUCGUGUCCUCCUUCUGCCUGCGCCACUGCCGCCGCCUCGAGAAGCUCGUCCUCCACCUGGACCCGGACGUGUUCUCCGACGACGACGGCGAGCCGCAGGCCGGGCCCCAGGCUUCGGACCUGGCCACGGCCUCCCUGUGGAAGGCCUUGUGCUCCGUGCUCACCACCAGCACCAGCCUGCGCGAGCUGGACCUGAGGUUCUUCUCCCUCAACGACCUGUGCAUGAAGAGCCUGAGCGAGCAGCUCCGACACCAGGACUGCCGCCUGCAGAACCUGAGGGUCCAGCAGACGGCCUUCGUCCCCUUCGCCUGCGGAGAUUUCCCGCUCGCUCUCAGUGGCCACCAGCAUCUGACGUGGCUUGACCUGAACCUUCAGCUGGGGGACGACGGGAUGAAGCUGCUGUGUGAGGCCUUGAGACACCCGCAGUGUAACCUGCAGUAUCUGAGGCUGAGGAGCUGCGCCCUCACCGAGGCCUGCUGCCCAGAUCUUGCCCUGGCCCUCACCUGCAACCAGAGCUUGAGCCACCUGGACAUGGGGGGCAAUCAGCUCCUGGACCGAGGCGUGCAGGUGCUGUGUGAGGCCCUGAGCCAGCCCAAGUGCCGCCUCCAGAGCCUGCUGUUGCCGGCAUGUGGCCUGACGGCUGGUGUUUGCCAGGAUCUCUCUGCUGCUCUCACCUCCAAUCAGAGUUUGACACGUCUGUGCUUGGCCAGCAACAGCCUUCGGGAUGACGGCCUGAAGGUUCUGAGCUCGGCUUUGAAGAGCCCCGAGUGUCCUCUCCAGAGACUGGCGUUAUGGAGCUGCGAGCUCACCGCCGAGGGGUGCCAGGCGCUCUCGGCUGCUCUCCACAGCAACAAGAACCUGACUCACCUGGAUCUGGGGGAGAACGAUCUCAGAGACGAUGGGAUGAAGCUGCUGUGUGAGGCUUUGGGGCAGCCCCAGUGUCCCCUUCAAGCCCUCGACAUGCUGGUCUGCUUCCUCACCGAGGCCUGUUGUCAGGACCUCUCAGCUGCCCUCGUCCUCAACCAGAAUCUGCGGAGCCUGAACCUGGGCCACAACGCCCUCAGAGAUGAGGGAGUCAAGCUGCUGUGUGAGGCCCUGAGGCACCCUAGCUGCCCCCUCCAGAGGAUCGGGCUGGAGCGAUGCCAGCUCAACACGGCUUGCUGUCAGGAUCUCUCCUCUGUUCUCCUCUGCAAUCCGAGGCUGAAGAGUCUCAAUCUGGCCCAGAAUGCCUUGUGGGACGAAGGGGUGAGGCUGCUGUGUGAGGCCUUGGAAAAGCCUGAAUGCGGCCUGGAGAUCCUGUCGCUGUGGAAGGAGGCGUUCAGCAACAGUGCCCAGCAGAUGCUGAAGGCCGCCGAGGAGCGCAAACCCCACCUGAUCAUUACCGGUGACUGGUACAGUCAGGACCCUGAGGAUUACGGUUCUUCCUGGUGGCUGGAGACCUGACCCAUGCCCUGCCCCCACCCCACCUUCCUCAGUCUGUCCCCAGGGCCUGGGGGGCCAGAAGGGCUCGUAGCCCUUAGGGGGUGGCAUGGGGCAGCCAUGGGUGUGGGAGCCCCUGGGCAGACCCCCAUCACACCACACAGUGCCUUUGCCCUCCUCCCGAGGAAAGCCUUCUUGCAUUAAUCAAAUACAGACUGAUUUCUGUU